GUUGACUGUUCCCAGCAAAAUGAUUAGAAAAGUUGAGUGUGGCUCUCAGCUGUUUCUCUGACCGUGAUCUGGUGAAAGUCAGUGUGACCUGAGCAGAGUCACAGCUCAUACAGUGUUAUUCAGCUCUGAUGUCACUGUUCCUACACCAAGGUCAAACACUUUUUAACUUUUGAGGCUCGUUGUUUUUUUUUUUUGUUUUCGCUCAGGCGCCUCUGGAGUUUUAUAGAAAGUGAGGAACACUCACUGGAUUCUUUCUUUUUUCUUUUUUCUUGUGUCAUUACGCUGACCAGACCAGACAUUGUGGACUUGUAGAAGGACAAAGGACGCUCAUAUCUCUGCUGGAAGCAGCUGGAGGUUUUUAUUUUUUACGCCUGAAAGGAAAUCACUGAAGCGCCAUGAGGCUCAAAUCUGAAUGGAUUAUUAUCUCCUUGUGAUUGUCUGAACACGCCUGCACCAGUGUAAUCUGCUGUUUUUCCUAUCUUUUAUUUUUAUUGAUGUGCAAACUCCAGUAAUGAUCAGAUAAGACGUAAGUUGUUUGGACAGAGAGAAAAUCCCGGCACCUCUUUUUGUCUCCACGUCUGAGGAGCACGGGCUGCACAUGAUGAAGACUAUGGCGUCUCAGCAACCAUGGACACACAACAUCAUCAUCAUCAUCAUAACCACAUUGUUGUCCUGCUCUCUGGUUGUGUGCAGCACAGUGACAGAGGAGGAGGAAACCUUCAGUGCUGAGGCUUGGCUUCGUAGGUUUGGCUACCUGUCUCAGGCGAGCAGGCAGAUGUCCACCAUGCAGUCGGCUCACAUCCUGUCCAACGCCAUCAGUGACAUGCAGCGCGUCUACGGGCUGGAGGUGACUGGACACAUGGACCCCGCCACUGUCGCAGCCAUGCGUCGGCCACGCUGUGGUCUCCCCGACAGAAAACCGGAGGAGCCUGGUAAAGGUGCAAGAAGGAAACGCUACACACUCACUGGGCAGCAGUGGGACAAAGACCACAUCACCUACAGUAUCAUGAACCAGAUCGUCCCGUCAUCGCUGGGAGAGGAGCACAUGUACAGAGCAAUCCGUAAGGCCUUUGAUGUGUGGGGACGGGUCACCCCGCUCACCUUUGAGGAGCGGCCUGUGGAAAACAACAUGCACUCCAACAGCAGCCAAGCGGAGCUCGCCGACAUCCUGCUGUUGUUUGCCUCUGGCUUCCAUGGGGAUAUGUCCUUGUUUGAUGGCGAGGGGGGGUCAUUGGCUCACGCCUACUAUCCAGGACCGGGAAUUGGUGGCGAUACACAUUUUGAUGCUGAUGAACCCUGGACGCUUGACAACCAUAAUCCUAAAGGUAUAGAUCUGUUCCUGGUUGCCGUCCAUGAGCUUGGUCAUGCUCUGGGUCUGGAGCACUCAGAUAACCCCAGUGCAGUAAUGGCUCCUUUUUACCAGUGGGUCGACACAAACAACUUUACACUGCACAAGGAUGACGUCAAAGGAAUACAGUACAUAUAUGGUCCUCCUCUCGGCGCUGACGCUCCACCCACUACUCCUCACACUCCUGAUGACUCUCCCACCUCUUCUUCACCUCGUGAAGAUGACAUUACUUACGCUUCCCCCACUGACCCCAAACCUGAGGCACCCAACCCAACACCAGCCCGUCCAGAGCUGACCCCCAACCCUACCACAACUUUGGCUCCCCCCACUUCCACUACCACUGUCUCAGUGCGUGAGCCCGAACCUGUCACCCCGCGGGUUAGAAAAGACAUCCCUCCUGCUCCACCUCCUCAUCCUCCUCGGCCCCCUCAUCCUCCUCCUCCUCCACGUCCUCCCAAAGUGCCGGACAACCAGGCCCCUGACAUCUGUGAUGGGGACUUUGACACGGUGACCAUGCUGAGAGGGGAGAUGUUUGUUUUCAAGGGUCGUUGGUUCUGGCGCGUCCGCAGAAACCGAGUUUUGGACAACUACCCGAUGCCCAUAUCUGUCUUCUGGAACGGUCUGCCAAACGACAUCGACGCUGCCUAUGAACGCCACGACGGCAAAUUUGUCUUCUUUAAAGAUGAUAAAUACUGGGUGUUCAGGGAGGCUGAUGUGCUGCCAGGAUACCCACAGCCCAUAUAUGAGUACGGACGAGGAGUUCCUUCACAAGGGAUUGACACGGCCAUCUGGUGGGAGCCCAAUGGACACACGUACUUCUUUGCAGGAGACAGGUACUGGCGAUUCAACGAGGAGACCCGCAUUACAGACGGUGACUUCCCCAAACCAAUCAGCAGAUGGGGCAGGAUCCCUCCCUCGCCCAAAGGAGCCUUCCUCAGUGAUGAUGGAGCUUACACAUAUUUCUACAAAGGCAGUAACUACUGGAGGUUUGACAACCACAGGACGGAGGCAGACAAAGGCUUCCCUCGCUCCAUCCUGAAGGACUUCAUGGGCUGCAGAGGAGCUCCAGACCCUCAGCCCGAUGCUGACACCGAGCAGGAGCCAAAGGAAAAACCGGUGAACCCGUCAGAUCGAGAUGAAGACAAGCACAGGGAACCAGACAAAGGCAAAGACCCAGUGGAGGACCCAACCUCUAAACCUGACGACGCAGACGAAGAGGAGGACGAAGAGGUGAACGUGGUCGUCACAAUGGCCGACAAUGAGUCAAAAGUCAUGACCCUGGUCAUGGUGACUGUCCCGCUGGUGCUCAUCUUAUGCAUCCUCGUCCUCAUCUACGCCAUCCUCAGGACUCUGCAGAACAAGGAGCCGCCGAGGGCCUUGGUGCACUGCAAGCGUUCGAUGCAGGAAUGGGUGUGACGCGCACAAACGGAAGCGGCAGAACGGGUAUCGAUCGUGUGUCUGGUGCAGAGGUCGGCAUCGAAUUUUUACUUGGAAAAGAAGCUUCGACACGGUUCUUAAAGUCUGAGAAAGCUGAGGAUGAGUCUCGGUCAACUUGUGCCGCUCAUGUGAAAUUGUGGUAAAUUUAGUGCCUGUGGAGCUGCAGCGUAUAUUUCCUUCUAAUGGCCGUGAAUGUUUGUUCUUGUGCCUUUUUGUAUUCUGUGCCUUCCAGAUGCGUGAAAACAUUAAUCUUUAAAAGUCAUGCCUUAAGAAAAAAAAAAAAUCACACUCAAGGAAUCACGGUUAAACCCUGAGCCACUAAUCGUACAAAGGAGGAACAUGUUUCCAGUAGAAAUGAUGUAGAAAAAGUUGAUAAUGCACAUACAUUAACCAGUAACACACACACAUGCACACACACUGUACAUACAAACAAACAUGAGUGCUUACAGCUUUUUUAAAAACAAAUAUGCGUCUUUCCUUUCAUACGUUUGACUUUGGUGCUUUAACCAGUUCUGACAUUAUUUUUCUGUCUAGAAGAGAUAUUUUUUGCACUUUUGAUCCUGUUUUUGUUUUGCUGAGUUUGCUUCACUGCAGAUGUGCGUAUGUGUGUGUGUGUGUGUGCGCGUGCGUGUGUGUGCCUGUUGGUACAAAGCAGAUCUUGCUUUGUUUAUUAAACACACACACACACACACACACACACAGACA